UAACAUUGAGAGUUCACCGAGUGGAUCAUCGCGUCUGAUCCUCACAGGAACUCUCAAGAAAGGUGCCACCAUGGUCUGAUGAUACUGAGAGGCGAGCCAGGCCCAGAGCGUGGGAAACUGCCCAGGAUAGUCAGUGGUGGAGCAGGGCUUAGAACCUAAGCCCAUCAAACUUUAGGAGAGGCACUCAUAACCAGUAUUCUCCACCCUGCAUAUCAGAAUCGUUGGCAAAUGUUAUAGACUACAAAUAUCUGAGCCCCAUUUCCAAAAGCCCAUAUAAGGUUCAGGAAAGUGUCUGUUUUAAAAAAGCAGUCAGGAGAGCCUCAGGAAAAGACUAAAGAUUAGAUUGGAAGAAAAGAGUAGAAGCCAUGUUUCGAAGACCUGUAGUACAGGUGCUUCGUCAGUUUGUAAGACAUGAGUCUGAAGUAGCUAGCAGUUUGGUUCUCGAAAGGUCUCUGAAUCGUGUGCAGUUGCUUGGUCGAGUAGGUCAGGACCCUGUCAUGAGACAGGUAGAAGGAAAAAACCCAGUCACAAUAUUUUCCCUAGCAACAAAUGAGAUGUGGCGAUCAGGGGAAAAUGAAACCUACCAAAUGGGUGAUGUCAGUCAAAAGACAACAUGGCAUAGAAUUUCAGUGUUCCGACCAGGCCUCAGAGAUGUGGCGUAUCAGUAUGUGAAAAAGGGGUCUCGAAUUUUUGUGGAAGGGAAAGUAGACUAUGGUGAAUAUACGGAUAAAAAUAAUGUGAGACGACAAGCAACAACAAUUAUAGCAGAUAAUAUUAUAUUUCUGAGUGACCAGAUGAAAGAGAAGCCGUAGACUGGACGAUUCUUCUCUGGCCGGUGUUUGGUACAGUCUCAUUUCCAAAUCAUGCUAGUGGUUAUAAUUCCUAAGGACAAGAAUUAAAGUACUCUUCAUU